UAUAAUAUGAUCGAUGGCCGAGAAUAGACAACCGUCUCUAGAUCCUGAAAGGCAGUUAAUUGUCAAUUCGUUAUUCUCCGAUGGUGCCGAAGAUCCCGUAUCACCAACUCAUAGUUCAGGUACUGAGUCUUUAAUUACUUACUGUAAAGUAUCAGAAGAUACUGGUGGAGGUAAUUCACCUACUGUUGAUCGCCCUUUUGGGAUUGGUAAAACAAAUUCUAGAAUAGACGUAAAAAUUCGUUAUUUAUUGGUAACAAUUGUUAGUAAAAACGGUAAAGUUCAAAAAGUCCAACUUCAUAAGGCAAAAAAAAAUCCAAAUGAUACUUUUUCCAUUGGAAGAACUUGGCAGUUGGAGCAAGUUCGAAAAAUCGAGUCAGUUGAUAAUGUCACAUUUGUGAUAACAAUAUCUAAGCCUUAUUGUUGGUCGACUGAAACUCAAGGAGAAAAAGAUGUUUUUUUAAGUCAGCUUUUAAAGACAUUUAGAAAACACACAAAAAAAUCUCCUAAACUAAUAAACUUUGAUAAUGAAAUACUUGCAGAGAUGAAAUCACCCUCGACCCCAACUAAGCCAGUUAUACAAAAUGAGACUGAUAGUUAUAAUGUAGCAGCUUCAUUACAAGAGCGCCUUGCAAAUGCCAAUAAAUCAUCAUCAAGUUUACGAAGUCUUAACCAAAGAAACGGUCGAUCAACACCAAAUUUAACUUCUGGAGCCCAAGGAAGUGAUACAAAUAGCGUUCAUCAUCAUACGGAAGAUGAUGAACUCAAAGAAGAAGAAUUAUCUUUAAUAAAUGUUGGAGAGUUACUUAAUGAUUUUGAUUGGAAGGGAAGUGGUAACGCAGCAGCUCUGGAAGAAAGAUUAUUAAAUGAGUUAGCUGCUUUAGAAGCUGCGAAUAUACACGCUAUGGUGGAAUCUGAUGAUCGCAUCCAUUCUGUUAUCGAGCAAAUUGACAAUGCUAUUGCUGAAUUAGACAAUAUGGAUCAAUGGCUUUCGCUAUAUACAGCUGAACUAAAUAGCAUGGGAGAUGAUAUUCAUCACAUUGAAUCUCAAAAUCGGGGAUUACAAGUACAAACUGCAAAUCAAAAAGCUUUGCUUUCUGAACUUGAUAGGCUAAUCCAAUCUAUCACUUUGCCCGAACAAGUCAUUCAGAUAUUGUUUAAAGAAUCAAUGGAUACCGUACAAGGAAUUCAGAAUAUUGAACAUGUUGCAGCACAAAUAAAGCGCGUAUUAGAAACCCCGUUCGACGAAAGUACUAGACAAAUGAUGGCUAUAAAAGAAAAAUUGGAAACUUACAAUUUCCACUGUAAGAAUUUUUGUUCCCGAUUUUAUGAAUAUAUGAGAAUGAUUUUUCAAUUUCAGGCAGAAACUUUAAUAAGUGACAAGAGCAGAGGACCUCGUCAUAACUCUCUUACCAUACAAGAUCAUGAAAGUAUAGUAGAAAAUUUAUCAAAAUAUCGUGGACUCUCAUUAUGGAUGAAAGAAAUGGAUCCUAAACGACACUUGGAAAUUCAGUCGCUUUAUGUGAUUUCCAAAGAACCUAUAUAUAAGAAAGAGACAAAGGAAUAUCUGUCACAAAUGAGGCAUUUGUUGUCAAAGAGGGAAUUAGCAGAAGAAGCAACAUACGUUUUCAGUGCUGCAUUAAAUCAAAGUGGCCGUGCCAGUUUAAGUUAUGGCUACGCGAAUUGGCUGACGUCAGAAAGUACAAAGCCACCGUGGGAAUUUAAAGAUGGAGGUGGUGGCAAACUACCACCUGAAGAGGCUUUUGACCACAAUCUUCUAACUAUUAUACCACUUGUGGUUAAUGAGCAAAAUUUCAUUGUUGACUUUUUCCAUCUAAAAAAAUAUGCCGAAACCAAAAAAGAAGAUCGGAACAUUGAAGACGUUAGAAUGCAAAAUAAAUUAACUGAACAUAUGGAAAAACUCUUCAGUUUUCUGCCUGAAGAGUUGUCAUCAUUCGUUGAUUAUGGCUGUAAGCAUGAUAACAUUCAAGUUAUUGGUAUGAUAGCUUCUCUGGAAAAGUAUAUGCAUGCAAAUGAAAAAAUUGGCCAAGAUUAUGUUGUAAGAAUGUUACAGAAAGUAAGAUUACAUUGUCUUGGCAAAUUUGAAGUAUUCAUUAAUGAUCAGCUUAAAGCUAUUGAAGAAACUAAAGUUACAACAAAAAAGCGAAAGGGCAUAGUUGUUUUUAUGCGUAUAUUUCCGCGCUUUGUUGAACGCAUUGAACAUUCAAUGAUAGAAUCAGAGAAGCUUGAAAUGCGUAGUAUUGUAAAUAGAGCAUAUGAACGCAUUGUUAAAACAAUGUUCGAAUGUGUAGAAGCUAUCGCAAAAGAUGCGGAUUCUCCUGUCGAUGACAAAGAACAAUUGAAUGCUCAUAUAAUGACUUUAGAAAAUAUGCAUUAUUUUUAUUCUGAAAUUCGUUCACGUCGAAUUAAUAUUCUUGAGCCAUUUAUGAGAUAUGCAAAGAGUUCGUAUGAUAAACAUAUGGAGGCAUAUGCUAAAGCAAUGGUUCGAAGACCAUUUGGAAAAUUGCUGGAAUUUUUUGAAGGUAUAGAAAGUUUAUUGAGAACAAAUACAGCUCCAGAAGAAGUUGGAUUCAGAAUUCAAUUUAAUAAAGCAGCAUUAAAGAAAGUUAUAUCACAAUAUCCUGGAAAAGAGAUUAAGAAAGGUCUUGACUCACUGUACAAGCGAGUUGAAAAACAUUUCAAGGAAGAAGAAGGAGGUCGUUUGUUGCAAGUUGUAUGGCAUGCAAUAGAGGAAGAAGUAAUUCGUAAUCAUGAAAGGUUUACAUUAAUAAUUAAUAAAUGUUAUCCCAAUGCUAAUAUUACUUUAGAAUUUUCUAUGGAUGAUUUGUUGGGUUAUUUCUCAGAGAUAGCUAGAAGUCAUUAAAUAACUUAUUUUACUAUAAUUUAUGUAUUUCUUAUUUAAGUAUUAAUAGAUAUUUGUUAAUAAUUACUAUUUUAAAGUGAAAUCUAUGAUAUACUUUGGGUCAUACUCUUUCUAUGCAAUUUUUAUUUACAAUUUGUAUUAUUAAUACCAGAUGGUGGGGCCACUUUCUUUUGACCAAAAUUAUGCAGAUCAUCACAUGUUGAUGUAAUAUAAGAAACAUAUAAUUUUGUACUAACAAUAAUAACAAAAACAAUAAAUAAACUUCCAUGAUUCAAUUGCUUU